UUAACAAUUUAAUUAAUUUCCAUUUUAAUUGCUGUGAUAGUAAUUUAAAUAUUCCAAGGUUAAAUUGUUACUUUAAUAGUGAAAUUAACUGUUGAUUACCUUUUGUCUCUCUAAUUGAGAUGAGUGAACAAUAAUUCAUAAUCUUAAUGUUGUUGUUUUUUCUUCAAGUUUUUCAAUUAGAUUAACAGUUAAAUUAAGUGUUUACUGUAAUUUAUUGAUUUGAUUUGAGUCGAAAUUGAUUAACAUGGUGUUAGUCAUUUAUAAUUUAUUCCAACAAUUGAUUUAUCUAUGGAUUUCCACCAGAUUUCAAAGGGAAUCCACGAGACUUGGUAGUUAAUCUCAAAUGAUUAACAUCUAAUUGUUAACAAUGUAAAUCAUCAGUUGAUAAUCGUCAUCAUUUGGCUUAAUGACAAGUUAAUUUGUAUCAAUUGAUUGGUUUUAUCUGUUAAAAUCACGAUCAAACUAAUGAUUGUAAUCAUGCUUUUUUUUAAGAGAAUCAAAUAUAAGAAUAUCAAUUAAUUGUUAACAAUCAACAAAUUCACUGGGAUGCCCUUGAUAUUUAUCUCGGGAAUUAACCUAAUCUUAAUCAUUACUGUUUAAAUAAUAACAAGGCCUGAAUGAUGACAAAAGGAUAAGCAUUGAUUUCAAGAUAAUCAAUUGAUCGGAAAACAAUAAUCAAGAUAAUCUAAUAGAUGACGAUCAACAAUUAAAGAGGCCCAAUAAAUUAUCCAUAUAUAUAUAAAGUAGUACCAAUCAAUCAUGGACCAAGCAGUUAAUCAAAAACCACAAUCACAACCACAAUUAACAUGGAACAACAAUUAACUCUUAAUUUUAUGUUACCUUUUAUUUACCUGUUAAUCUUAUCAAAAGUUUCACUCGUUAUUAGUUAUCCAUCAAUUAAUCACCACCAACAACAGUCACCUGUUAAUACUCAUGCCAUUUUAAUUGCUGGUACUUCGGGUUGGAUUAAUUAUCGACAUCAGGCCAAUAUUGCUCAUGGUUAUCAAAUCCUCCGAUCUCAUGGGAUUCCGAAGGAAAAUAUUAUCGUAAUGUCGACUGAUGAUAUCGCUCAUAAUGAGAAAAAUCCUAUUAAGGGUAAAUUGUUCAAUUCGCCGCAUGGUAAUGAUGUUUAUUCUGGAUUGAAAAUUGAUUAUUCUGGUAAUCAAGUUACACCAAUUAACUUUCUAAACAUUUUAAAUGGUUCAUCAUCACUUGAAUUACCCAAAGUGUUAAAAUCUAAUUCAAAUGAUAAUGUUUUCAUUUAUAUCUCGUCUCUUGGUUCAACCGGAUUAAUUUCCUUCCCAAAUGAUAUUUUAACAUCUAAAUCAUUUAAUGAAGCAUUGAUUAACUUGAAGAUUAAUCAAAAAUUUUCCCACCUAACAGUUUACCUUGAUACUGAUUAUUCAGGUUCAAUGUUUGACUCAAUGUUACCUGAAAAUAUUAGUGUUUACAGUUUAUCAUCAGCAUCAGCUAAUCAAUUGAACGUUGCCUGUUAUUGUAACAAUCAGCUAAUUCCUUCAACGUGUUUAGCUAAUUCAUUUUCAUCUGCAUGGUUAUCAUAUUCAGGAUCCAAAUUUUCACUAAGCAAUGUAACAUUAUCCCAACAAUUUCAGGCCAUUGUCCGAUCCAUUGGACACUCACAAUCUAAACCAUUAACUCCCCGGCAAUAUGGUGACCUUAGUUUGGUUCAUCUUCCGAUUGGACAAUUUAUGGGCUCCAAUGAGAGUAUAAAAGUUGAACAGUUAUCAACAAUCAGAGAUCAAUUAUCAACAAUUGAUGUUCCCCUCGAAAUGUUGAAAGUGACCUCAAAAGAAGAGUCAUUAUUGGAAAUUAUCAAUUUACGAAGAUCAUUUGAUCGAGCCUUUUACCGACUCAUUGAUGACCUUUGUUGGGCUGGUUAUUGUUCAAAUGUCACCCAUAUAUUGUCCAGCUCAAGCCGAUUGCUUAAUCAUGACAUUUACCAUUUAAUUGUGACCAAAUUUCACACCGAUUGUUUGAAUAUCGCUCGAGGCUCUUAUGCAAUGGUUAAAAUGUACGCAUUUGCAAACAUAAUCAACGAAUCAGAAUCCAAAUUAUCCCAACAAUUAGAUAAAUUUUUACCAUCAAUGUAUCAAGCUUGUCGUCGACAUAUAAUUAACCAUAGAUUUGAAAACAUCAUUUGAUUACAAUUAACAAAUGACCUUAACCAUUGUAGUUAUUACAUUUUUUUGCUUUCCAAUUCCAAAUCAACUUAAAUUGUUAAUAAUUCAUAUUCUAAUUGUUAUAAAACUUUAUUGAAAAUUCAUAUUAAAAAACCACGAAAUUGUAUUAUAUAAAAUA